ACAACGCUUUGUCACAUCAAGCAUUUUGGGAAAAGCAUUUUUUUUUAAUUUUGUAUUUUGUUAAAAUAAAUAAUUUAAUAAUAAUAUGUGUAACAUUUAAUUUAAUAAAUGAGUUUAUCAGCAUGGCUAAAGAAGGGGACAUGUCUUUAUUCAGCGACGUGCUGGAGCCGUUUCGGCGCGUUAUAAACACUGAUCCACCAAAAGACAAGCUGUCGGCGUCUUCCAAAUUGAAUUUUUCUGAUAGUAAUCAGUCAUUAAAAGACGGUUUAACUAACAACACACCACUAGGGAAAAGAAAACUAAGCUUAGGAUCUGAUAUUCAUACUCCUGAAAAACGGACGAGGACAGACUCUUCCUCGUCACAAGUAGCACCUUCGCCAUGGGAAGCUAAAAGGUUGAAAAUAGAUUUGAUUGCUGCCAAGGCACAGAUAAUAAAAUUAGAGGCAAGAGUCAACCACCAGCAUACUAUACGUAAAGAAAUGCAGAUCUUAUUUGAAGAUGAGAAGUCUUCUCUAAUUGAACAAAGUAAACGGGACCAGAAAGCAUUAGCCGAUUUAGAAGAAAGGUUGCAAUUGGUGAGACGGAGAGAACAAGAGCUAAAAGAUGAACAUCAAGAGUCAAUAAAAGAGUUUAAACAAAACAAAGCCAAAUGGGAUAAAGACAAAGGGGAGCUGCUCAAACAAAUUGCGGAACUGAAGGAGAAACUUCUGGAAAUUAAUGUCAGUAGCAAAGAUGAAAUUGCUGAGAUGAAGAAAGACAUGGAUGAAUUGUUGCAGGCACAUGAAGGUGCCCAGCAGGAAGUAGAGAUGUUGAAGAAGGAGUUGGCGAGACAGACUCAGCGGGCAGAACAGUGCACGACGCUCCGGACACAGCUUGAGAAACAAAACUUUGAGCUGCAGCAAGCUAAUAAUAAGCUCAAAGAGUUGGAGUAUGAGAAGGACUCUUACAAGGACUGGCAACAGCAGGCUAAGACUGCACAAAAGCGCCUAUCCAACAUGGCUGAGUUGGAGAAGGAGGUGAACCGUCUCCGGGCAUCGGAGCGGUCUCUCCGGGAUGCGGUGUGCAACAAGCUGCUGCUGGAGGAGCAGGUGCACGUGCUCACCAACAAGGUGGAAGCCCUGCAGCCCGUGCAGCAGGAGCUACAUGAGGCUAAAGUGAAGAUAGCGUCCCUAGAAGGUGCGUUGGAGGCGUGGUGUGUGGCGGCGCGUGCUCACGGCGUGGAGAGCGCUCGGGCGCUCGGCGCGGCGCUCGAUGCGGCGCUCGGCGGGCAGCUAGCGGCGGCCGCUGGCGCGGGCGAGGCGCAGGCGCAGCGCGCUCAGCUCGCUGAGGAAGUCGCGACAUUGAAGUUUGAGCGCGACAAGGCGGUUACUAAGCUUAACGACCUAAUGACGGUGCGUAAGAAUCAAGAGAGCCUCAUACAUCGGCUGCAGAAGCGGCUUCUACUUGUCACGCGGGAAAGAGAUAGCUAUAGACAGCAACUGGACAGCUACGAGAAGGAGCUGGAGGUGACGCUGGGCGGCGGCGGCGGCGCGGGCGGCGCGGCGCUGCUGCAGGCGCGCGUCGAGCAGCUGGAGCGGGCGCUGCAGGGCUACCGGGACCUGGCCGCUAGCGCCGACCAGGACGCCCCCCAGGCCGCACUAGACACGGCCCGCGCGGAGGCGACGCGAUGGCGCGAGGAGGCCGAGAGUUUGCGUCGCGACGUCGGUGUCAUACGGGUGCAGCGCGACAGACUGCAGGCGCAUAUUGAUAGCAUGGCAGCGCUCGGUGAAACAAAGGUUUUACACAUUAAAGACAACCCUGCUGCUAUAGCUGGCAGACAAGUACAGCUUGAUCUAGAAGCUGCACAGGAAGAGAUAAAAAAACUGAAAGCAGCACUGCAGGAAGGUGGUCAGAGCAACCCCGAGGAAGUGCAGAAGCUGCAACAACAAGUGGAGAAAUGUAAUAUCAAAAUGCAGAGGAUGAAGGAACAGUUCGCGUCGUCUGCGCAGGAGUACAGAGACGUGUGUUACAUGCUGCUGGGAUACAAAAUAGAUAGGACUGGUCAUAAAAACUAUAGGAUAUCAAACAUGUAUGCUGAGUCGUCGGACGACUAUCUAACGUUCACACUCUGCGAGGACGGCAUAGAGAUGGUGCACACCGACUACUCGAGCUCACUGACGGAGCUGGUGGAACUGCACCUGCACCAACACCGCUCCAUACCCCUGUUCCUCAGUGCACUCACCAUGGAUCUGUUCGCGAGGACCACCAUGCAACAGGAUGUGCAGUGUUAGUGCAGUGACUAUGUGACCCAGCUGUAAUCGCUAAGUUAGUAGACCGCGGAACUUACAGUAUGUUCAGAAUAAUAUAAGAAACCGCACUGCGCAGUGUU